CAAUUACUACCUUUCUCUGAAAUGGAUAGUCUCUCAACAAAUACUUUCUCCCCAUUAGAUACGAAAACCUUUAAAGAUGAAUCAAACAUGGUAGUUGAAUUCAUUGAAGAAUAUUACAAAAAUAUAGAAAAAUACCCAGUACAAAGCCAAGUUCAACCUGGCUUUCUCUCAUCCAAAUUGCCUAAAACACCACCGUAUUACCCAGAACCAUUAGAGGAUAUACUUAAAGAUGUUACUGAUACUAUCAUACCAGGCUUAACUCAUUGGCAAAGCCCUAAUUUCUUCGCUUAUUUCCAAGCAAAUGUCAGCAAUGCUGGUUUUCUAGGAGAAAUGCUCUGUUCAGGCUUCAAUGUUGUUGGCUUUAACUGGAUUUCAUCUCCGGCGGCGACUGAGCUUGAGUCUCUUGUAAUGGAUUGGAUGGGAAAAUUAUUAAAGCUUCCAUCUUCAUUUCUCUUCUCCGGCACUGGAGGCGGAGUCUUGCAUGGAAGUACUUGCGAGGCUAUAGUGUGUACUUUAGCUGCAGCGAGAGAUAAAGCAUUACAAACCAUUGGAUGGGAUAAAAUUACUAAAUUGAUCAUUUAUGCAUCUGAUCAAACGCAUAGUACCCUAUUUAAGGGUGCUAGAUUAAUUGGUAUCCCUUCCUCCAAUAUUCGCAAUCUACCAACUUCAUUUUCUACUGGGUUUUCGUUAUCACCUCAAAUAUUAUCAGAUACAAUUGACAAUGAUAUUAAAUUUGGGUUUUAUCCAUUAUUUCUUUGCGCGACUGUAGGAACAACUGCAUGUGGAGCAGUUGAUCCUAUAAAAGAACUGGCUGAAAUUGCAAAAGGAUAUAACUUGUGGUUUCAUAUAGACGCGGCUUAUGCAGGUAGCGCUUGCAUUUGCCCCGAAUUUAGACAUUACUUGGAUGGUGUUGAAUCUGCUGAUUCAUUAAGCAUGAACCCACAUAAAUGGUUACUCACUAAUAUGGAUUGUUGUUGCUUGUGGAUUAAAAGACCAAAUCUAUUAGUAGAUUCAUUAUCUAGUGAAGCUGAAUUCUUGAAAAACGCUGUUAGUGAAUCAAAAGCGAUAAUAGACUAUAAAGAUUGGCAAAUUGCAUUAAGCAGACGAUUUAAGGCCUUAAAGCUUUGGAUUGUGAUACGCAGACAUGGAUUAGCUAAUCUUAUGUAUCAUAUAAGAAGCGACAUCAGCUUAGCGAAGCGGUUUGAGUCAUUUGUAAGAAAUGACAAGAGGUUUGAAAUAGUGGUGCCAAGAAAGUUUGCGUUGGUUUGCUUUAGGUUAAAGCCUAGGAAUGGAACCAACGACGGCCGUGAAUUGAAUACGCAGUUACUGGCAGCGGUUAACCAGAGUGGCCGUGCGUUCUUGACUCAUGGACUGGCCGGAGGAUACUUUAUACGGUGCGCUAUUGGAUCGACAUUGACUGAAGAACGACACGUAGAUGAAUUGUGGAAGCUUAUUCAAGAAACGGCUCAAACAGUUUCCUGCUAAUGAAACUGUCAUAGUUCAGUUUUAUUUACAUGCAUGAAUCAAUAAUUAAAUCCUAUCAGGACAAAGAACUGUUUUGCUUUAUUUUGAUAGUGAUUUGUUUUUAAAAUUUAUUUUUCUGUUGUUGGCAGAAAUUGAAUGCCGAUGGGUGCGUAAUGAUUUAAUUAUACGGAAGAACUUACUCA